GAUACAGGCACUAAUAGAGCAGCUUCACCAGCAGUAACAGGCCUCUUUCUCUGGAGGUUUUCCAACGUCCUGCUGGGGUUUUUUGUCUGGGUGGUUAUUCCUCAUCAUAACCUCAAUGAACUGAAGUGGAAACAGUUCCAUUGGCACACCAUAACACUACCUCCACCAUGUUUGACAUCAUGAGUUCAGCUCUGUAUCUGGUCCUGCUUUUCUCAGCUCUGUGGACGCUCUCCUUCUGUGGGACGCGUGAGUUUUAUGUGGUGAAUCAAGAUAAGAACUGGACCGACGCUCAGAAAUACUGCAGAGAGAAAUUCACUGACCUGGCCACCGUUGAGAGCCAAGAGGAGAUGAACGCUCUGAUAGCUGUUCUCAAUGGGAAAACAGGCCGUUUCUGGAUUGGACUUAAGUUGAAGAAUGAAAAUGACAACAAUAGCUGGAUCUGGUCAGAUGGGAGUAACUCCUCAUACAGAUACUGGAAUGAUAAAGAGCCAAACUUUGGUAGGGGUCCAAUGUGUGUGGAGUUACUGCAAGGCUCUGAAUACAAGUGGAAUGAUGCAGGCUGCCACAAUCAUAAUAAACACUUUGUCUGCUAUAAGAAGCUUCCACUCAUCCUGAUUAAUCAGACCAAGACGUGGAGAGAAGCUCUGAGAUACUGCAGAGAGAAUCAUGAGGAUCUGGUUUCUGUUCACACUGAGGAAAUCCAGCACUGGGUGGAAAAAGCUGUUUAUUAUGCCUCCACUGCUAAUGUGUGGAUGGGUCUGCGUCACACCUGCACCCUCAGCUUCUGGUUCUGGGUGAGCGGAGUGUCAAUCUGCUACCAGAACUGGGCUCCAGGGAACGGGACAGGGGUGGAAGACUGCAGUAGAGGAGAAAGAACAGGAGCGGUGCAGUCUGGGAGUAAGCAGUGGGUCAGUCUGCCAGAGGAUCAGAGGCUCAACUUCAUCUGCACCACCUCUGAGGAGCUUUAGGACCAGAAUCAGGCAACCACUACUGGAACAAGAUCUACAUUUUUCGCAGUAGCUGUCGAUUUUUACUAAAUUUGUGUCUCUUUUCUAUGAUAUAUUACAUUAUGUUCAUGAGAAAUUUAGAAACAAUAUAUAAAUCAAUGUAAAUGUAGAUAUUUUAAAAGGCUAUAUACAGAUGGGUGAUACAUUAAAGAGUGCAGAUGUUUCCAGACAGGUAUAACGGGUUCUUCUAUUGCUCUAGACUUGACAUUGAAACAACAGAAGAACCCUUUUUGGUGCUACAUAGAACCAUUUUC